AUCAUAGAAGACACGAUAAUAAUCAAUUCUAUCAACCUUAUUCUAACGAGGAAGAGUUUCAUGAGCCUCCACACCGUGGCAAUAGAGGAGGAAGGAGAAGGCGAGAUAAUGAAGUAGAUCGUGACUUGGGAAGCAUAAAACUGAAUAUUCCCACAUUCAAAGGAAGAAGUGAUCCGGAGGCAUAUUUGGAGUGGGAAAAGAAGACGGAUCUCAUUUUUGAGUGUCAUAACUACUCCGAGGAGAAGAAAGUGAAGCUUGCUGCGAUUGAGUUCACUGACUAUGCUAUUGUUUGGUGGGAUCAAUUAACCACUAACCGAAGGCGAUAUGGUGAGAGGCCUAUCUCUAAUUGGGCUGAAAUGAAGUCCAUCAUGCGUAAAAGAUUCGUCCCUUCACAUUAUUUUCGUGACUUGUAUCGAAAACUCCAAACUAUGUCACAAGGAACGAAAACGGUGGAUGAAUAUUUCAAAGAGAUGGAGAUCGCUAUGAUAAGAGCGAAUGAUAUGGUGCAUACAGCCAUGAAAGUGGAAAGACAACUAAGGACGAAGGGAUCCUCUCAACGAAGUUUUUCGUCGAACCUUUACCCAUCGAGCAAGGCGAAAGAAGGAAGUUCGAAGAUAAAUUUUGGGGCAGCUUCUAAAACCCAAAAUGAGACUUCUAAUACUAAGGGUCAUAUGGUUGAUAAAGGCAAGGCUGUCGCAUCAUCAUCUCGAAGCCGUGAUAUCAAAUGUUUCCGUUGUCAAGGCUUUGGCCAUAUUGCUUCCGAAUGCAUUAACAAGAGAGUCAUGAUCUUGAGGGAAAAUGGUGUAGUAGAAUCUGAAAGUGAGCAUGAAUCCAGCGAUGACGAGCAAGCCGAGGAGACCACACCUAAACAUGGAGAGCUUUUGGUGGUGAGAAGAGCUCUUAACAUGCAAAUCAAGGUGGAGGAAGCUGAAAAGCAAAGGGAGAACAUCUUUCAUACGAGAUGUUUAGUUCUUGGGAAGGUUUGCAUGCUGAUUGUUGAUGGAGGGAGUUGUGCUAAU